UGGGAAUGACACGGUUUUCAUGGUGUUUCAGAUUGCAGGGUGUGUCCUAUUGGUUUUGGGAAUGAUCGCAGCACCACAUAAUACAGAGCAUGACCAAGGAGAGUCAAUUGGCUUGACAUGGAUUAUAUCGACUGCAGUUGUUUCUGUGCUGCUCUCUUUACUUGGAGCAUAUGGUGCAUACCAAGAGAACAUUGUGAUACUGAGAUUGUUCCUUGGAAUAAUAGGCUUUGGAUCAAUCCUUUUUCUUAUUUUGGGAUUUAAAGUGGCUCGUUCAAUGCCUGAGGCCAUGCAACUGAUUAAAGAAAACCUCCCUGCAAUUACAUCAGAAAUGAUGGCUGAUGCAGAGCAGCGACAAACUAUCAUGGCUCUACAAGUACAAGGUAAGUGUUGUGGAAUAAUGAGUUACAGAGACUGGGAUAGCAAUAUUCCAGAGACCUGUCAAUGUUCUAGUUUCAAGUCAGACCCGUCCCAAUGUAUGGAGGUUCAAAUGACUAAAGAUGGCGGUAACUGGGGAAGAUCUGACAAAUCUGGAAUGAUGUGGAUCUACAGAGAGCCCUGUGGUCCUCUCAUCUUGGAGAACUUCGAUUCAGCUUUUAAGUCCGUACUUGGAUUCUUCCUUGGAUUUGGUUUUUAUGCUUGUAUUGGGCAAGUGUUAUCCGGCGUGAUGAUUCAUCAGGUCAAGAAGGUGCAGUCUACUGACGUCCCUGAGACUAUAGAAGAUGGAUAUCGUUUCACACCGAAAUUCCAGGCAAUUCGCCAUGUGGAGGGAGUUGCGGGAGUUGAACCGACGACCUUCUACCCAUAACCAGGGAUGAGGUCAGGGUUUCAGGUUUUUGGCAUCCUGGCAAAGCAGCGAGGAGUAGAAGGUGCUUGAACAACGGGAGACGAGGUGCAACCAGAAGAAGAAUAUGAGCGUUCGGGAACGGAAAGGCACAACUCACUGCUCACAGUUAUAAAUGAUGUCAUUUUGGAGUCACUGUUAUUGUAAAUAAGAUGUGUUUUUAAUGAAUAAUCCUGAAUGAAUUGUGAGUAACGAUGAGUGAGAAAUUUACAGAGGCGCUAAUAUCACAACUCACUGCUCACAGUUAUAAACAUGAUGCUUCGUUUAUCUCAUUUGUGUAUAAUAUAUUUUAAAUCAUAAUAAAGUUUCGUCUGUCCAUA